AUGUAUAAGACUCCUUAUCUGGCCUCCGUCCCACCAUAUGGCGUCUACCCGCCACUCAUCACCUUCUUCCAUGAAUAUGAGUCUAUUGAUUAUGAAAGCACCUUAAAAUUAGUUCACCCACUGGUGUCAGCUGGCGUCACCGGUCCGGUGCUGCAAGGCAGUAACGCAGAAGCCCCUCACCUACUACACGAAGAAAGACAAAAACUUGUUUCAAGAAUUCGACAGCAUGUCACUGACAUCGGCCACCCACAACUACCCUUAAUCGUUGGCUACGGGGCGCCCCAGCGCGCAGAGACUUUGGUACACAUUUCUGAAGCAAACGCUGCCGAAGCUGACUAUUCCAUGGUGCUAACCCCGGAAUAUUGGAGAUCAGCUAUAAGCCCUUCAGUGCUAGAAACUUUCUUUGGCACGAUCGCUGAUGCCUCUCCGUUCCCUAUCCUCAUCUACAACUACCCAGACGUCGUUGGGGGUAUUGAUAUCACUUCGGACACGGUUAUCCGCCUAACGAAAGCGCAUUCGAACACUGUCGACAUAAAGUUGACCUGUGGCGACGGCUCUUUCGCCACAUUUGGAGGAAAGGCGGAUUUCCUUCAUCCCGGUCUGGUUGCCGGCUCACACGGUACUAUCGCAGGACUAGCUUACAGUGUACCCGCUUUACAUCGUGAGGUAAUUCGCCAGUACCGGGACGGGAACCUUAAAGAAGCACAAGAGCUCCAGGUCAAGCUCAGUCAUGCUGAUGGUACGCUGAUGAAGAUGGGACCGACUGGCGUCAAGGUGAGUGUACAUUAUUUUGGCUAUGGGUCAGGCCAGGGUCGGAGUUCUUUAGGAACCUCUACUAUUUCGUCAUUCCCGGAGGAUGUCCGACAGAAUGUUGAAGAAGUUAUGAGCCUUGGAAAGGCAUAUCUCUAA